UUGUUCCCCUUAUCUCUUUUGAAGCAAAAAUGGGGAGAGCGGAGUGGGUUAUUGAAGUUGAUGAAGAUCUUAAAACCAUGGUGGCCUCAGAGACGGAGAUGAAACAUUGGAUGAAACGAUCAAUCUAUAAAGUACCUCCCUACAUCACUGAUCUAAACAACAAAGCUUACAUCCCUCAAGUCGUCUCUUUCGGCCCUUACCAUCAUGGCCAACCUCAUCUUAACGCCAUGGAAGAUCACAAACAACGAGCCCUCCUUCAUUUUCUCAAGAGAUCAGGCAAACCACUAGAAUUGUUUGUUGAAUCUUUAGAUAAAGAUUUACAGCAACUUAGAGAUUGUUAUGAGUUGCUUGAUCCAAUGUGGCAAGAUGAUGAUCACAAGUUUAUGCAGUUGAUGAUUCUUGAUGGUUGUUUCAUGUUGGAAAUCUUGUGUUUUGAUACUCAUACAAUGGAAGAUUAUGCUGAAACCGACCCAAUCUUUAGCAAUCAUGGGAAGAUACAUAUUAUACCAUUUAUUAAACGAGAUAUGCUAAUGCUCGAGAAUCAAUUGCCAAUGCAACUUCUUCAUAGCUUAGUUGCUGUUGAUAGCAAUGGAACCAAGGAUGAAGAAUUUAUGAACAAACUUAUACUCAAGUUCUACUCCUCCAAUACGGCUGUCUCAUGUGUGGGAAGUUGCUUACACGUAUUGGAAGUGUAUCGAAAGAGUCUCCUUCCGGACAUACCAAGUUGUCGACAACAAAGAAAACGUCAUUGGCAUCGCAGACCACACUACGAAGAUGGGGAUGACAUCAUUAGAUCUGCAAUGGAGCUCAACGAAGCCGGAAUCAGAUUCAAGAAAAGUAAAACUAUUAGCCUCAAGGAUAUAACAUUCCGUGGAGGGAUCCUUAAGCUACCAGUUAUCAUCAUAGAUGAUGCCACGGAAUCCAUGUUUCUAAACCUAGUAGCAUUCGAGCGUUUGCAUGUUGGGCUAGGUAAUGAGAUUUCAUCCUACAUACUUUUCAUGGACAACAUAAUAGACAAUGAGAAAGAUGUGGCCCUUUUACACUCAAAAGGGAUCAUUCAAAAUGCUCUUGAGAGUGACAAAGCAGUGGCUAACAUGUUCAACUCAUUGUCAAAAGACAUCACAUUGGACCCAAAUAAUAACCUAUAUGAAGUAAGGAAGAUGGUGAAUGGGUAUUGUAAGAAACCAUGGAAUGAAUGGCGUGCUAAUCUCAUUCACACUUACUUCACAAAUCCAUGGGCUAUUCUUUCUUUGAUUGGGGUUAUCUUUCUCUUUGCACUCACAAUAGCACAAACUGUUUAUUCUAUAUUGUCUGUCUACAACAACUAGUUUAACAACCCCACCUCCAUAUGUUAUAAGUCUGUAUGUUCUUUCGACAAUAUUGUAUAAAGCGGUUGUGGAUUUUGUUCUUUUCAUUCGAA